ACGAUUUUGUUCGGUCCCCGAAAACCUUUCUCAUAUUGCUGUGCCUGUGCCUGUGCGCUCAUAUUGAAGGCACAGAAGAGAGAAAGUUCGACAGACCAGGCGCAAUAUACCGACAAUUCAGGAACGAAGUCUGAUUCAAAUGACGACCCAGCUGCACAGAGAUAUUGAUGGCCUGUACAUCAGCAGAUUUAUCCACGAAGACAAUAUUCGGUCCGCCUUGGCCUACGUCCCACGGCGCGAUGAUCUAUUCAUCGCGACCUAUCCAAAGUGCGGCACGACCUGGGUUCAGUACAUCGUUUACAACAUCAUUAGCGAAGGCACACCACCCGAGGACCUCAACGAGUUUAUGCUGCGGAUGCCUUUCCUAGAGUUUCUCGGAGCAGAAGGCGUCGAGAAGAUGAUACGGCCAGGAGCCAUCAAGACACAUCUACCUUUUUCAAAGUGUCCCUUUUCAAAAGAAGCCAAGUACAUCUGUAUUGCCAGAAACCCGUUCGCCUGCUGCGUGUCCUACUACUACCACACAAAGACCGCCCCCGUACCCCAGGUUCAAGACCUCACGUUCGAACAGUAUUUUGAGAUGUUCAUAAAUGGUAGAGUUGGGUACGGCGAUUACAUUGACCACUUGCUGGCGUGGUACAAACAUCGGAAUGAUUCAAAUGUGCUCUUCUUCACGUUCGAACAACUUAAGAAAGACAAAAGAGGACACAUUCUUGAGAUAGCCGAUUUCAUGGGUGAGCAGUACGGGAAAGUCUUGAGAGAAGACGAGGUCUUACUCAAUAAGAUACUGGAUGCCACGAGCCUUGAAAGCAUGAAAAAGGUGUUCAAAAAUGAUCUGAAGACUAUAAUGUCGUCCCUGGCUUCCCUUCCUCCUGAAAGGAGGCCCAAGUCCCUGGAUGUAUACAAGAGCAUGUCCGUGGAUUCAAGAAAUUUCAAGUCGACGGGAGAGUUUAUACGGAAAGGGGAGGUUGGUGGAUACAUGGAUCACUUCUCGCCUGAACAAAUAUCCCGGAUGAAAGAUCAUAUUGCUUCUAGGACGGAAGGAAGUGAUGUUAUGACGCUGUGGAAAGAGGACGGGCUUCCAUGAUGACGCAAGUGGAAAAUACAUUGUGGCUGAACGUUUUAUUGCGAACGUUUCGGUGAUAUUAAGACAACUUUGUUGUAGAUCACUUGGCGAGCCUGUGAUGCGAGAAUAAAAUACUAAUUCCUUUACUGAG